AUGGUGCAGGCUGCGACACGGACGACGGAAGCACUCAACCAGAAAUGUCACAACUGUCGACGCCAGCGCCUGCGGUGUGAUCGCUCGUACCCGCACUGCAACAAGUGCCUGCGCGCCGGCAAGGAGUGUCUCGGCUAUGGCCAGCUUUUCCGCUGGACGGGGGCCGUCGCCUCGCGAGGCAAGCUGGCCGGUAAGACGUCGAGCGCGGAUGCCGUGAGGCAACCUGCCAGGACAGAGGCCAACUCAUCGUCGUCAUCAUCAUCGCGAAGAACCAGCCCAGCGUCGUCGCCUGCUCGCGAGGCCGAGGUCGACGACUGGCAGCUCGUCCCCCACGGCCGGAUCGCAGAUGAAGCGCCCCCAAGCCCGUAUAUACUGGCCGAUCCACUCGUGCAGGACCUGUCCCAAUCUUAUAGAUACUACCUCUCACACUUCACGAACCAGGUGUGCAAAGACUUGGUGUCCUUUGACGUGGCGGACCGCAACCCGUUCCGCAGUCUUGUACCCCUGACGCGAGACAACCCCAUACUGCAGCACAUCCUCGUCGCCGCCGCGGCGGCGCACAUGUCCAACCUCAUCCGCCCGUCGCUGCCGGCCCUGACGCUGCCCGGCAGCGGCAUCAUCACCCCGACGACAAACGAGGCCUCGCGGCUGGCGCUGCGCGACGCCCUCGUCGCGAAGCACAAGGCGCUCCGGCUCAUGUACCGGGCUGUGGAGAACGUGGAGACGGUCGGCGCCGACGUCGUCCUGGCGGCGUCCCUCUUCUUCAUCAAUCUCGAGCUGAUCGAGUCCGGGAAGCACGGCUGGAAAGCCCACCUCGAGGGGGCGGGCCGCAUCAUGAGCCUCCUGGGCCCGACGGAGGGCGGCCCGACGAACGAGCUGCGGGACUACAUGUCAUCCGACUGCUUCAGUUACUUUGUCAUGGCGUCGGCCUUUACGCCGCCGACCUCGACGGUCCAGACGUACUUUGAGUCGUCCCAGAUCCCCGUCAUGCUCGGCCGGGCGACGGCCAACAGCUACCUGUGCUGCCCGCCGCAGGUCCUCGAGAUCCUGUACGCGGCGGCCCAGCUGUCGAAUGUCAUUGUUGAGGACGAGGAUGUCGCGCGGCAGGUGGGCGCGGCCGGCAUGGACCUGCUGCGCCAGGCGCAGACGCUCGACAUACCCGCGUGGGCGAUUGACGCGCUCAACAUCCCCUACCUCAAGGACAUACCACUGGAGAGCCGCAUCAAGGUGGGCACGUCGCACCGGCUGGCGGCGUGCCUGUACAUCAUCCAGGCCAUCGAGCCGGUGCACGACAUUGUCGGGCCGGGCCUGGCCGCCGAGCUCAACCGGCAGCUGCUGGAUCUUCUGGUCACCAUCCCGCCCAAGGACCCCAACUACAAGGCCACGAGCUGGCCGUCGUUCAUCGCGGGCGCGGGGGCCAAGGACACGGAGAGCCGGAUCAUGAUCAUGGACCGGCUGCAGACGUUUGUGCGGCUGAUCCCGUGGGGGUUCCUGUACACGGCGAUGGAGGCCCUCCAGAUGAUCUGGAGCCUGGAUAGCUCGGGGACGGCCGAGAAGUGCUGGAUCCAGAUCCUCAAGGACCCCAAGAUGAACUUUUUGAUUGUGUGA